CCCACCCCCUACCUCCAGCCCCUUCUGCUCUCGCCGGCUCCGGGCAGCGAGAAGGCGGCUAGAGAGGCCCGAGGGCGGCCGAGGGCGGGUUCCUUCUUGCGCGCUCCUAGUGGUAGGAGGAUUUGGUCCCAGGCGCCACCCUAGGGAGAUGGCAUCCACACCUACCAGGAAUGAGGAGAAAAAGGGCAGCAGGAUGUCCCAAGCGGCAGCCCCCUCUGCUGGAAGUCUGAAGGUUUCAUUAUCCCGAUCUGAGGAAUUCCUGACCCGGAUCAGCACAGAGCUCACCAACGAGGCCUUGUUUAUUGCUGGCUGCCCCACGAACUCUGUGCCCACCAAGAAAAAACAGACCCAAGACCGAGGGACUCAGAUAUCCAAACAUGUGUUCUUCAAGACCCGGGGCACCGACACCCGAACAUGCAUCAGAGCUCCUUGCUCCCAAGUCACUAACGCUUCAGUUUGCUGGGGUCUCCCGGUCGUGAACAGCAGCACACUCAAAGCCUCCCAGGUGUUCUGGAGCCAUCUCACGCCUUUCCACCCGCAGCUGGCAAGGACAUCACCAGAAAUCAAAGGCUUUAAUAAAAAGACAGAGAGAGGUCCUUCCCUCUUCCCAACCCAGGCCGGGCUCUGGAGUGGCUUCUCUGGGGGUGGAGAUGUGAGAGGACGGCCCUUUUUCUUCCUUCUUUUUCUUCUCUCUCUCUCUCUUUUUUUUCUUGCCAGAUGUGUGGGCAUAUGGGUGAAAUGGCAUAGUCCUUGUUACUGGAACAGCUUUAAUUCGGGCAGUGAACGACCUGUUUUCUGUCUGCCUUUUGGUGGAGAUGAGCUCAUGGAUCUGAACUCUGCCUCCUAGCCACACUCCAGCCCCUUCCUGUCUAGCCUUGGGCAUCUGAGAGGGUCCCCCCAGCUUCUGAGGAGCCACCUCUGCCAUCAACGCCAGUGCUGAGGCCUCUCCUCGGGGCUCUGGGGCCUCAUGCCUGGGGACACGUGUCACAGCCAUUGCUAGCCAGAAGGGAAUCCAGCCGCCUUGGUAGAAUCUGCCUUUAAGUCUGAAUCUGGCCGCUUAUUCGAGACUCCUGAGGAAGUCCAUUCGCAUCUGAGCCUCGGUUUUCUUAUCUGAGAAAUGGGAAUGAUUAUCCCUGUCUCGAGGGCUCCUCCUAGAGGUUAAAAACGAGUACAAAGUGCUUAGCGCCAGGCCUGGCACAGAAUAAGGGCCCAGAAAUGCAGGCUAUUUAUUAGAAGGCUCAGUGGGCGUCGCGUUCUAAAAUUCAGCCUCCUCGGAGGAUUUCAGUGUCCUUUGGAGUGCCCUAAAAAAUGUUGAAUUAUACUUAAAUAUGAGAUUUGA